GUCGAAACAGUAAGUCGUUGAAGAUCGUUGAAAGAUGAUCAUUAUGAAUUAAUCUUUUGGUGUUCAGAAUAGUCCUACAAAUGCCGCACAUUAAAUUUGAUCAAAUUUUCUAAGUUAAAAAAAAGAAAAAAACAAGUGGAAGUAUUUGUAAAAGAAGAAGAAGAAAAAGUAAAAGAGAAAGAAGUAGAAGAAAAGAAGUAGAAGAAGAAUACGAUAACUACAGAAGAGAACGUUUUCGUCGAUAAAUUUGCCAUGAUGCAAAUAGUUGAAAUCAAAAUUGAUAAGAAUGUAACUUGGUGUUAACGAUGGCCUUCGCGCUCUUUCACGAUCGUAAACUUCGGUCAGUGAUAUUUGUUCGACUUUAUCCGUAGGAUCAUAACGUCUAAGAAGACAUUCGGAAAAGAACGCAACGUCGUUAACCUCAUAGUGUAUUUAUGAAUUAUCUCAUCUAUUUUUAUCUUAAAUUUGAACCGACAUUGAUUAAUUUUCUCUAUUAAAUCAAAAUUCAUUUAGUUUCAAAGUGAAAAAAAAAAAACAAAUAAACGAAGAAAAUAUUUUAUCUAUAUCGUAUGGUAUAUGAUACGUAUUUUAUGUAUAUUAUAUAUUGAUGGUAUAUAUAUAUAUAUAUAUGUACAUAUAUUAUAACGGUUUAAUCGCGAAAUAGAAACGAUAGUUAACCAAAAAGACAUUAAAGUAAGUGUAAAGGAAAAAAGUUGUAACCUCGAAGGAAGGAAGUUCGAAAAGGAUUCUUCUUUUUUUUUCUUUUUUCUUCAUGGCCAUCAUGAUCACCGACAGAAUCGUACACAUAUCAACGUGGGAGAUAAUCAAGUUACACUUCUUAUCCUUCGUCUAUGGUCUCUAUAUGAUAGUAAAAAGACUCUUGAAAUGGGCCUGGGAUCCAAAAAAGUUUUUCGUACUGGAACAAAGAGACAAACCACCGCCAUGCCUCGUCGACAACAAUCUUGGUACUCAUUCUUACGUGAAAAUCAAGGGUGUAAAAUUCCAUUAUGUGGAAGCAGGAGACAUAGGGAAACCUCUUCUCUUACUGUUGCAUGGUUUUCCUGAUUGCUGGUUAUCUUGGAGAGAACAAAUACCAGCUUUAGCAGAAUAUUAUAGGGUAGUGGCUAUUGAUUUGAAAGGUUUUGGCGAUAGCGACAAACCAUCUAACAAACGUUACUAUAAGAUUGAAAUUAUAAUAGAUGAAUUAAAACAAUUUAUUUCAACUUUUGAUGCAAGAACGUGCAGUAUAAUUGGUCAUGAUUUGGGUGGUCUUCUGGGAUGGUACAUGGUUGCCUUACAUGCAGAUAUAAUAUGUAAAUUUAUAGCUAUUUCUAGUCCACAUCCUAAUUUAUAUUGGAAUAAAAUAUCCAAAAAUGCUGUGUUCGAUGAAAAAUGGGUGCAUUUUAGCAGAUUACCAAUUUUACCAGAAAUAGAUGCAUUGAAAGAAGAUCUAUCAAUUAUUAAUGAUACAUUCAAACAUCUUGAAGUAAACAAUACAAACAAUGAAAAAAAUUAUGUAGAAGCAUAUAAAUAUAGCUUUAGCAGAAAAGAAGACUGGACUGGAGCAAUAAAUUAUUACCGCAAUCUUCCUUUUACAAGAUUAAAUAUGAAUGUAAGCGAGCAACUUUUUACACGAACAUUACUGAUAGUUGGUAAUGAAGACCCAUCUGUAACGAUCGAAAGUAUAGUUCAGAGUUCAGAAUAUGUGGAAAAAUUUAGUGUAAAAGUAAUUACUGGAGCACAUCAUUUCCCACAUCAAGAAAAUCCAGAUGCUGUGAACAAGGCAAUUAUUAAAUUCUUGAUAGGCACUUUAAAUAAUUUAGAAAAAAGUCCAUCUAAAAGCAGAAUGUCAUCUUGGUUAGAUUCAUUAAGUAGUACUGUUAAAUAUGGAAAUCAAAUUGUUGGUGCUGUACACAAAAGAACAAAUGGAGUAGUCAACGUUUUGCCCAAUAAAAUACUUUACUUAGGUAACUCUACAAAUUAAAUAAGUAAUAUUGUACCUAUAUAUAAAAAUUAUAUUAGCAAUGUUACAUGUUUUAAUAUUCAUGUAUCAUAGUUAACAAAAGGCUGACUUAAUCAUAUUUAUUAUUUUUAUAUGGAAUGUACACAUUCAUUUCAUGAAACAAAUCUUAUGAAAUGACUAUUAGAAAAUCUUGUAAAAAUAUUAUUAAUUUUUGUUUACUUAUGAUUUGUAUAUACAAUUAUGUAAAGAUCUGUCUUAGCUAGCAUCAAAUAUCAUAUCAUUUAUAACAAAAAUAUUGUAAAUUAUAAACACUAAAAGAUAAUGUGAUCUAUAAACAACAUUAUAUAUAAUAAUUUAGCAUAAUUGAUAUAUAUCUUUGUAUAUCAAUUAUAAUCAUCUUUCUAACAAGAUAAUACAGCUCAGGUGCUAAAUAAAGAACAUGAUUAUUUUUAAAUGCUCAGAAAUAAAAUCUUUAAAUGUAGCUACAUUGUCCGAAAUGUUGCUAGUAAAAUUAUAUGUCAUUUUAUAGAGUAAGAAAUAUUAAUAAAUAUAUUUUAAGUAUACAUGAAUAUAAAUAUUUUUGUACAAAUAUUUUUUCAACAAAACCAUUCCAUUCUUUAAAAUAUUCAUCAUGAAUAUAUUUAUAUUCAAUUAUAUAAUUGAAUCUUCAAGUAUUGCAAUAUUUUCAAGAUGUAUUUCGUGCAGAUGUUUUCCUACAAAAAUAUCAAAAUAUGAUGAUAAAAUAAAAAAGUAUAUAUACGUGUAUAAAUACUAAAUAUCUUUACUAUAUUAUCAUUCAUACUUUCCAAAAUUUUCACCAUCCUCAAUGGUCUCAGGUAAUUCACAAUUCAUUGUUUCUGGUAAUAACAAACAGAGACCAGCUCCAAUUAAUUGUCCUGUCCCAAAUAUGACAGGGGGUAACCAAGGUUGAAUUUUAUUCUAUAAUUAUUAAAAAUAUACAUAAUUAAAAAACGUAUGUUAUGCGAUCGUAUUAUAUUAGUAGUGUGCGCGCACAUGCGCAAUUAUAUGUACAUGAUAAAAAAUAUUGAAAUAUACAUUACCACAGUGGCGA